UAUAUGUUUUAGUGGAUGGCGAUGACUCUCACGGGUAUAGACCCAUAUCAUUUUUUAAAUCUUAAAUUAGGUCCUUAAUUAAUUUCAUCUCUAUCGAUCGAAAUGUUUAUUUGAGGCCGUGCUCUUUUUGACAAUCUCAUUUGUACAUCUAUCGAGAAGGAGGAAACCACCCUGAAAGCUCUCCGAUAAGUAAGCUUCGGAGGUUUCAUUCACAGGCCGUAAUGGAAUGCGCCGGCGGCAGGCUCUUCUACCUCAUAUUGCUGCUGCUCUCGAUCUUGUUGUCCGGAGUCAUCACAAGCAGUGUUUCGGGUCAAUCGGUACUCCAAAUCUUACCGGGAAACCGGAAGAUCCGUGGUGGAGACGACGGAAUAUGGUGCGAGAGCUGGAGAUACACAGUGGAGACCAAUGACGCAGGGUUCUGGGACACAAUCCCGGAGAGGUGUGAGGGUUUCGUGAAAGACUAUAUGACUGGUGAUCGCUACCUUUCGGAUUCCGAAGCCGUGGCGGAGAAAGCAUUGUCUUUUGCCAGCACAGUGAAGCUCGCCGGCGACGGCAAGGACGCCUGGGUUUUCGACAUCGACGAGACUCUGCUCUCAAAUUUGCCCUAUUACGCUCUUUACGGAUUCGGGGCUCAAGGCUUCAAUGAAUCUACUUUUGAUGAAUGGGUGGAUUUGGCAGAAGCACCAUCUUUACCGGCAAGUUUGAAGCUUUAUAACAGCCUCAAAGAAUUGGGAUUUACAGUGUUCCUCUUAACUGGAAGGAGCGAAUAUCAAAGAAAUGCCACUGAGAAAAAUAUGCUAUAUGCUGGAUAUAGCAGCUGGGAGAAGCUCUUCCUAAGGGGGCCUUCUGAUUCUGGCACACCAGCAAUUGUUUACAAACCUGGGAAAAGAAUGGAGAUAGAAGCUCAAGGUUACAGAAUCCAUGGAAGCUCAGGGGAUCAAUGGAGUGAUCUGUUGGGAAAAGCCAUGGCUGAACGUUGCUUUAAGCUCCCCAAUCCAAUGUAUUAUAUUGCUUGAAACUAAGAUAUCUAAGUUCAGAAAUUGAUGUCCAAAAUAGCUCAAGGUUUCAAGAAUCGGAAUUGGAUGAUGGGUUAAAUCAGCUGAGCCCGAUUUAGAUUCCAGCCGAUUCUUGCUGAAUUGAAAGCGGAAUCAAAUGGACCCAAUCCUGAUCUGGAUCGCGAUUUCGAGUUUAAUAAACUUGAUAGUGCUUUUUUAAAGUUUUA